GUGAGCCAAGAUGCUUCGCUUUAAUCGAGAAGGUCCCCAAGAGGCAAAGGAGAGGGUAAAGUAAGGACCUUUUGUUUCCCUUCGCUCGAAACUCGAAACUCGUUCCUUGAUUCCUUCUCGCGAAGCAAAUUCAGAUUAGCCAAUCAAAUUCAACCCUACACGGAUCAAGAUUCGCAAAAUCUACCCGGAUCCGAGUAGGUCAACGGGUCGGAUCCUGUGAUCUGGCACUUCCAAAUGGAAAAGUGUUCGACGAUUGCCUGGUCGUGUACGCUAUGAAUUUUCAGGUUCUUCGCAUCCCACAACAAUGUCGCCUUUCUCUUCAUCAAUGGAGGAUCCAGGAAUCUCUCUUCGCCCAAGUAUCCACUACAGACCAAUAAACCCUGAUGAUCUAGAUCGUUUAGAGCAAAUCCAUCGCGACAUCUUCCCCAUCAAGUAUGAGUCUGAGUUUUUCCAGUGUGUCGUGAACGGAGUUGGUAUCGUCUCAUGGGCUGCUGUUGAUCGGAGCCGGCCUGAUGGUCAUAGUGAUGAACUUAUUGGUUUUGUUACUGCCAAAUUCGUGCUUGCCAAAGAAAGCGAGAUAGAUGAUCUAAUAUGUUACGAUUCCUCGAAAGGAGAGGAGACUUUGAUCUACAUCUUGACACUCGGAGUUGUAGAAACAUACAGAAACCAUGGAAUCGCAAUGUCACUGAUCAGUGAGGUGAUAAAAUAUGCUUCUGGAUUAUCAAUGUGCCGAGGAGUUUACCUUCAUGUGAUUGCACACAACAAUCCCGCAAUCUGUUUGUACAAAAGAUUGAUGUUCAGAUGCGUGCGGAGACUAAACGGAUUCUACCUAAUCAAACGACAGCAUUUUGAUGCGUUCUUGUUUGUCUACUUCAUCAACGGUUCUCGAUCUCCUUGCUCACCCUUAGAGGUUGCAAUGUUUGUUGUGAAUUAUAUGAAGAGUGGAAUCAAGUCUGCGGCCUCCAAGCUGGCGAAGAAGGAGGAGAAAGGCUUGAAAUGGCUGAUUUGCAAAGACACAGAUUGUGUGUUGCCCACGCAAACCAAACCUAACCACGGAUCAUCAUCCGGCUACGAAUUCAUUUAAUUGAAACUGUAAUUUCGAUUCAUUUGAUUUCUGUGUAAUAAAAGACGCAAAGUCCUAAAAAUGUACAAAUGAUCUCGCUUUUUUUGUUAGGGAUUGGCAUUCGAUUCGGUUUUGACUUUUGACCAUUGUUUUCAAAAGGUUUCGGUUAGGAAGAAAUGGGUUUUGCAUAAUUUUCGGUUCAGUUUCUGUUGACUUCGAAUAAGUAGAAGAAAUUU